AUGGGUAAAACCAAAGAGCAGAACAAAGAUCUAUAUGCACAGACAGUGGCAGCUCAUUGUGAAGGACUCACCUUCAACAUUAAGAAGUGCCAGGAUGGGAGAUUAAUGUGGGAGCAGGAAAUGUACAACAAUUUUGUUUACAAUCCAUCUCGAUCAUACUUCCAUACUUUUAUUGGUGAUGCAAGUCAAAUAGGACUUAAUUUUGCAAGUGAAGAAGAAGCAAGAAGAUUCAAGUUUGCAGUCAAUGACAUAAUUGGAAGACGCCAAAGAAGAACUGAGAAAAGACGAGAGCCACCACCGCUAAAUGGACCGUCUCUUCCUAUGGCUACAGUUGACAUUAAGAAUCCAGAAAUUACCAAUGUUCGCUACAAUGCACAAGUUAACAAUUUUGUAUAUGCCAAAGAUAAGAAGAAAGUCAAAGGUAAAAAGAAGAAAUUGACUAAGGCGGACAUUGGCACACCAAGUAACUUCCAGCAUAUAGGACAUGUUGGCUGGGACCCAAAUACAGGUUUUGAUCUGAAUAAUCUGGACCCUGAAUUAAAGCAUCUAUUUGACAUGUGUGGAAUUUCUGAGUCACAGUUGAAGGACAAAGAGACAUCAAAGAUCAUUUAUGAUUUUAUAGAGAAAAAAGGAGGAGUUGAAGCUGUGAAGAAUGAGUUACGUAGACAGGUUUCCUCUUGA